AUGAAUACCAUCCAGGGAGGGGCUGAGGUUCGCGGGGAGAGGACUAAGUAUGCCCAGUUUGCGCAUCUUACCACUCGUCUUUCAGGCAUGAUUCACGAAGGAUCCCAUGGUCCUAUUUCCCAGGAGCCGCAUACCGUCAUCCAUGAAGAUCAUAUCACUGGCAAGUAUGUCUUUAUCAAUAUUCCAUACCACGCUGUCAUGAACGAUCCAAGCAUGAGGAAAAAGUGCAGAAUGAUCGCGUUCGAUCUCCCCGUCCACGGAAGGAGCUUUCCAGGUGAAACCAUAUUCCGGGGAACUACACCAACACCGAAGACGCCUACGUGGGGUGAGAUGGUGUGCAUUGCGGUGGCUAUCCGAGCCGAGGUGGUCGGAGCUGGUGGCAGCAUCCUGCUGCAAGCCUGCGACUACCUGACCACGGCGCGAGACUUUGAUGACAACUCCCCGUUUGUCAAACAGUCUCUGUUCAACCCGGAUUUGAUUUAUGGAGUGAUGGCCCCCAGUGCGCCGCUGGCUAACAAGCAAGUCAUCUGGCAUCUCCAUAGUGCUCAGGCGUACGGCAUCUUCCACGGUGAUCUUGAUUUCUACCUUGGAGGUUUCGAUGCCCGUGGCUGA